AUGGAAACGGUAGCCAAGAGGCAGCGGGCACUCCUGGUGCAGCCGCCAGCGCCGCCGGCGGAGGCGGCGGCGGAGGACGCCGCGGACUCGGCCGCCGCCGUGUUCGGCAACGUCGACCUCCUCUGCGAGAUCCUCCUCCUCCUCGACGCCCCGUCGCACCUCGUCCGAGCCGCGCUCGUCUCCACGCGCUGGCUCGGCGCCGCCGCGGAUCCGGCGUUCCUCCGCCGGUUCCGCGCGCGCUGCCCGCCCCGCCUCCUGGGCUUCCUCGCCACGUUCGCCAGCAGCGCCGGUUGGCAUCCCCAACCCCGAGCCGCCGUCGCGCGCUUCAUGCCGCUACCUCACCCGCCGGAGUUCGCUGGCGCCGCCCGCCUCGUCGGGGCCACCUUCAACGGCGGCAGACCCUACAUGGAGAGCAUCGUGGGCUGCUGGAACGGCCGCGUCCUCGUCAAGCACCGGGGCCACUACGACAGAAACUACUCCGUGCUCAGCCCUCUCCACUCGUCGGCCGCAACGGGUAUUACUUUUACUGGGCCGCUGUCCCCUCCCCACGGACGGCACAAACUCAAAUCCUCCGUCUCCUGCGCCCAGUUAGAGCUCCUCCAGUACCCCGGCGCCGGCGACGACCCCUACGACGCCCUGUGGGGAUUUGGCCAGACGACCGCGGAGCCCUCCAUGUUCGAUUUCGAUUGUACCACGGGGAAAUUUAUCCAGCAGGUGGUGUAUGUCCGGCGGCAAAGUACAAGCUGGGUCACCUACGUCUCGCCUCCAUUGGAGGUCCCGGUGCAGCUGGUGUUCAACAGUGAACCCUGCAGCCUUCUGGUGGGGGGCAGGUGGCUCUGCAUGACCACCGUGCUCGGUUGCAUCGUCGUCUUCGAUCUGGCCGCGGCGACCUUCUCCGUCGUGAGCUUCCCCGAUGGUGUGUCUGUGUCUUGUGGAAUUGGACGACGUACCCUGAACCACAGCCUGGCAAGGGCUGGGGAUUCCGGGAUCUACCUCGUCCAUGCGAUGGGCGUGGAGCUUCAUGUUUGGUUCCGGAGGAUGGACGGAGACGCAGCAGGCAUCUGGGAAAGAGGGGUAACAGUUGAUCUCCCUGUAGUGUUUGGUGAUCAUGCUGCCAUGGAAUUCUGGGAUUCUGUUCGUUCCCUGAAUGAUUACGUUAAUAGGUUCCUUGCAGAUUACACGUGGGGUUGCUACAGUGUAGAGAUCCAUGCAAUUGGGGAUAACGCAGAGUUUGCAUUCCUGACUGUGGGAAAACUUGGGGGCGUGUUCCUAUUGGAUGUCAAGAAGAGGACAGUCGAGAAGGUGCUGGAGGCGUCACUGCAAGAUGAUGGCCAGCAGUGUGGGAUCUUUGCCUUCAUGAUGCCAUGGCCUCCUGUCUUCCCAGAAUUGAACCAAAGGGGGUGA